AUUAAUUAACUCUAUACUUUCAAGGCCGUUCGUCUAUUUUUCCAGGCGUGACCUUGGCUCUAUACUGUUCUUCAGCCUUAGAGCUGUUAUCUUAUUUUUUAAAGGACAGCAUAUAUAAAAUUUCUCGACGAAUGUCUCAUGGAAUUAUUUUUACCAGUUCGUAACCUGUAGAUAAUACUUUGUGUGAUCAGUUCGCCCUUUAAGAAUAUAAUUUAUGGACGAAACAAUGAAUUUAAUACGACAAGUCUAGAAUUUUGUCGCAUAUCCCAUCGAUCUGCAUGUUUAAAUCUCAUUUUGGCACAGCAGCUGAUGUCGGUUCGUGAUUAAAACGCUAAUUUAAAUUAGGGUUAGAAUUCUAACCUUAAUUCCUAACUUUUAAACUUAGUCCUCACUCAUACUAAUUUACAUACUCCUGCUGACUCUAGUAAUCGUGUGGAUUGUCCCAAGGUUACCUUAACGCUAGAGUCUCACCGUUUGCUCAAUCGUGUUUCAGCGUGGGGUCUCAAUUUUAUAACAUUUUUAAUUGAUAUAUUGUACCGAUAGUUAUUUUCAAAUAAAACUUCACACACAUAGUGCACUCUCAUUUCUUUUCUGUUUUCGUCUUAUGACCGUUUAAAUAAUAUCUAUAUUCCUGAUAUUUCACGUUAAUUGACUUUACCAAAGUAUGUUUUUGGUGCAUAUUUCUUGACAGUCCCUAUAUCAUAAUACUGUCGUUAAUUGACAGUCAUUUGUUAGUGCUGGGACACUGGUUAAAGAGCCUAAGCUAUUCCUUCAUUCGACGGCACUUGUCCUUCGGAUUUACGCCGUAUGAUUUUUCUGACGUAAUUCAAAAUAUUGAAGACGUUUCAAAUUAUUGGGAAAAUAUCUACUGAUAAUAUUCUCAACGAGUUGUGCAUCAGUUGAUUUGCAGAAAUAGUUCUGCUUAUAUGAGGCACAUGACAACAGUUGUCUUGAAUAUAACUCAUAAAGCUGGUUUUAACAUCUUUCCAAAGUCUGUAGGUCUCAACUGUCAGAGUUUUUUUUUUUCAGAGUUAAUUAUAUCGGAUAAGGUUACUAAAAGCAAUGGUAUGGAGUGUUCCGUCAAGUGAAUAAAUCAUAGAUCAAAAUCGAUAAUUUUCUAUCCUUUCAAGUAUUUUAAAUUCGUUAUCGUUGUAUACUAGUUGUUUAGUACAUGAAGACCCAAGUUUGGUAUGUCAUUUCCUAGUCCGUAUUUUCCGUACCACAUCGACUGGGUCUAAAUGGUCCGUUGAUGCGGAAAAACUUUUCAUGAAUACGAAAAUCCUAGAUUGAAUAUAAUUGUUAUGCAUUACGUCGGGUGAAUUAUAUUCCAGGAUAAAUAUGCUUGCAAUAUGUUUAACCUGUUACAAAACUAUUGGUAACGAGAUAUUUGAGCGGAAAUAUUUGUUAUGAGGUAUUGACCCGGCUUUUGCUCUUGUUUUGUUACUUCAAAAAUGUACAGCCGCUUUUUGUUUUAUCUUUUUACAGUUCUCAUUCAAAGCACUAAAUUUUUCAGACAAGCAUUCGUUAUGUGACUUAGACUCCUCUAAUAGUUCGAGCAUUGGUGCAAAUGAGCAUAUAAGUUCGCAUUUACCUGAAAGAGUCGGUCACACUAUUCUUUCCGAUGAUUAUCAAUCAGUAAAUCCUAAAUCUACAAUUAUUCCAAGCGUUUGUAAAUCUUCGGACCUGGGGGAAAUAUCACCGAACGUCACUAAUCUUUUAAAACCCACUAAGACACGAGAAUCCGAAGAGGUCAGAGUGAUCAAACUGUAUCAUAUUGCUUUACGUCUUUGCUCAUCUGAUUGUCCUAAUGAUGAAUGCAAGGCCAGACCUGUCCUGGAAAGCAUUCUAAACAGUUUUGUCAUUGAAAACAAUAAAUUAACUCCACAAUUAGCAUCGGUAAAAUUUGCUAGUUGUAAAUUACUUGGAAACAUUUACUUCAAAUUGAACAAAGAUGCUGAAGGUAUUGAUCUGCUUAGUAAGGCUUUACAAGUCGAUUCAAAUGAUUUAAGUCUUUGGAUACGUCUAGCUCGUGCUGCUAUUCGUUCAGGUUUCUUUGAAGUUGCCAUCAAUUCAAUAGAUCAUAUAUUAGCAAAAAGGCCAUCUCAUCCACUUGCAUUGCAAUUAGCUCUGCCACUGUAUUUUGCAGUCUCUGAACUAGAGAUUUGCUUAGAAUUAUCAGUUCGUAUGUUACAAAUAGAUCCGUUUAGUGAAUAUGCAGUUUAUUUCAUUGAUCGAAUACUUACAAUUCAACCAAGUUUACAUGAAAUGAUUCAUGAUCUGUUCCUGCAAAGGCCAGAUAUUUUGAGUCAAUUACCGUCAUUUGACGAAGCUGAACGGAUUGAUCAAGAAAUACAGAAUAUUCGAAUAGUAUAUCGUAGACAAAAAGAUGCUGAAACAGAACUACGAACAAUUCCAUUGGUUAAAUUCCCAUCUCCAUUGAAACAUUUAAGCUGGCUACAUUUAAUUCAAGAAACAAUAGCAAUGUACGAUCGUUUAAUCUUAGAAUCAGCAAUUCAUUCAGUUCUUGAUUUAUCAUCAUUGUUGUGCAAAAAUGUACUUAAUUUUGAAUCAAUUCCUAAUGAGAUAAAUGAAGUUCCAAAUAACACUGUUACAACAUCAUCAUCAGCUUCUCUUAAUUUAAAGUUUGGUGAACAAUUGAAUGAUAAUAUUGAACAUGCUGUAACUUUGAAUAUUGAGAAAGUGCCAAAUGUUGAUGCUGCAUAUGAUACAAUGAAAGAUGAUGUAAGUGAUUUCAAUAUUGAGGCAUCAAAUGAUGAUUUAACUACUACUGCUGGACUUGAAAAACGUCGAUCUUCUAGGGUUAGAACAUGCUUUGAUUUAACGGAUGGUUUAAAUCGUUAUUGUUCCAGACGAUCUGUGGUAGCAGAAUUGGAAAAGGCUUCGGACAAGUAUAAACCUUCCAGUGAAAAAUUAGCUAGCUCACAAAAAGAAAGUAAUUAUAUAAAUGAUCGGUUUAAAUUAAUCGAUAGAUUUCAAACACUUUUACCUCAGGUAUUUAGAGAUCUUGGUGUUUUCGAUCAAAAACCGAAAAUCUCGAAAGAACUACAGGCAACCACAGAAACACUUAUUCCAUGCACUGAUUCAUUCACUGAAAUCUCAUCAAAUUAUUCAGAAUGUGUGACAUCAACUUUUUCGAAUAUGUGGAGUCAAAAGUCGAUCCAUGAGUUCCUGGUUCUUUUGAAUAACAUGAAACCAAAUAUUAUUACAUUUGGUAUAUCAUUGCUUUUACAAACUAGUCGCCUUUCCGGAUACCGCUGGUCGAUAGAAUUAUCAACUGCGUAUCUGAAUUUAUUUGACCGUUUACGACCGUCUUUUCCUUAUUUAUUAACAACUCCACCCUCCUCAUCAUUGUCAUCAUCAUCACCGCUACUGGAAACUGUUAUUCAUCAAGAUAAAAUACAAUCAGAAACCUGCCUGCUACCUGAGGAUGUUUUAGCUUUAAAAGUAGCUCCAAAAUCAUAUCACUUAGCAUUUUUCUACAUUAUAUAUGUAGAAUUAUAUUUAGAAGAAUUAGAAUCUACCAGUCAUAAUUCAAUGAAAUCAAAAGAAAAGAAUUCGAGACCGACUGAAAUACCAACACAAGUAUUCUCUGUGUUAAACGAUGUACUUGCAGGAUUUGAAGAAACGUCAUCAGAUUAUCCUAUUGUUAUGAGUCACUUGUUAUGGAUGCAUUAUUUAAUGAGUUCACAACGUCGUGAUUAUGCAGAAAUGAAAGAGUGUGUACUCGCUCUAAAGAAGCUGAUUAUAGAACACAAGCUUGUUGUCAUUAGAUCAUAUAGUGUACAUCAUGGUGACUUAACAGUUGAUUACAUGAAUCAUUUAUUAAUAAAGUUAAAAGAUGUUUCAUCUUUCGAUCACCUGAUCCAAUUAUCAAAUGAAGGUCAGCAUGAAGCUGUUGUAACGGAGCUAAUUAAAACAUUCCAAAUUCAACGUAAUAUAAAUUCAAAACAAUCUUCAUCCGACUCAUAUGAUCAUUAUCAAUCUAUCAUCAAACAACUGGAUUUAUGCUAUGGUUCAUUGAAACAUUUAAUCAUGAAUUUAACACUAAAUAAUGACAAAAUUGUUCGUAAUAAUAAUGAUAAUAAAAAUAACAAUUCUCCUUCUUGUGAAACUAAUCAUACUACGACUACUAUUAGUAGUAAUAAAGACGAUAGUAGUAUGCAUACAAUAUCUUAUUUAGAUGUUCACUCAUUAUAUUGUUAUUGUACUGUAGUCAUUGAGGAGUGUUUAAUUCUAUUGAAUAGAUUAAGUCAACAUGAACAAGUAAUCACUGAGGGAUCUGUUCGUAGUGUUGGAUCAAUUAUAAUCAAAGUAAUUAAAUUUUUAAAUAGGUGUUGGAUAUUAAUGGGUGAUGGGUAUAUGAAUGACAAUAAUCAGUCUUAUUCAAAUCAAUCAAUUAUAAAAUUAAACACAUCAACUGAUAUAUCCUUAUAUGCUAAUUUAUCAUUAAAGUUAUUCACAUCUUAUGAUGAUAAUGAUGAUGAGGUAAUAAUUACCUUUGAUAAUAAAGAUAAUUAUGAUGGUUUUAAUAAAACGGUGAAGAAUAACAAUAGCACAGAAAAUAAUCAAUUGAAUUCAUUCAACAAUCAUGAUGAUGAUGACGAUGAUGUGUCAGUACAUGAAAUGAAUAUAAAUAAAGUAACAAUUUCUGAAGCAUGUCGAACGGUAACUGUCCUCAUUGAUUUAUUAAUAUGUAUUAUACGUACAUCGGUUAAUUUACUAUCGAAUUGGAAAAUGAAUUUUUAUUUACAAUUAGUUUCUUUAAUAUAUGAACAUUUAUACUGAAAGAAUGUAAUAGAAAACUGUAAUAUGGUUUUGCUGUGAGCGAGUUAUAUGUGACCGGAAACUAUCAGCAACAGCCUACUGUGGGAGAGAAUAAACCAGUUUCUUGCUGAAGAGGAAAUUAGGAAAAGAAACUGGAAAUAGAUAGGACAUACAUUACGGAAAUCACUAAACUACAUCACGAGGUAAGCGCUAACUUGGAAUCCUGAAAGGAAACGGAAAAGAGGAAGGCCGAAGAACGCAUUACAUCGGGAAUCGGAAGCAGACAUGAAAAGGAUGAAUAGCGACUGGAGAGAAUUGCACAGGAAAGAGUUAGAUGAAGAAUGCUGGUGGGCGGCUUAUUCUCCUUCACGAGGGGUAUCAGGAGUAAGUAAGUAACUAUAUGUGAUAAAAUCUCAAUCCAUUGAGUUUCAGAAUUUCCAAGAUCUCGACCAGGGAGUUUUGACGUACAAACAUUUACUAAUCAUAUACAGCUAUCUUGGAUGUCAGUGAACCAUGUGACCAACUAAUCACUUCUCCGGUUUUUAUGAACAAGUUCUAGCAUCGAGGAUAUUGAAUAUAUUACUGAUUAUUUUUUAUCCUAUUUAAUUUAACUGUCUAAUGUCUACAUCACUUUUGUUUAAAUAGUUAUGUUUUAGUCACCAACUAGUUUUAAAUAGACCACCAUUGAAAACCUAGAGGCACUGGACGGUCUUUUUAGCCUAAUAUGGGACUUCUCAACAGUACGCAGCUACGACCUCACCACAGGGAAUCAGACCCAAGACUUUCGGUCUCUCAUGCAAACGUUUAACUUCUCAUACAUUGGCUGAUAUGGAUAAAUAUAUCACACUCGCCACCGUUGGACUUCGAUGGUUAUGGUUUCUCGUUAGAGUGAUCUCACGGUCCAGGGGUUAGGCCUUCGGAUGCCAGACCAAAGGUCGUGGGCUCGAUUUCAUGACGAAACAGCUAUUGAGUGCUUCCAGGCGUUCGAUGAUGGUCUAGCUAAAAUCUAAACUAUGAAAAUUCUACAAUCUUCACAAAUCCCCUAUACUAUUUACUUAUGCAAUAAUUGAAUUUACCAUUAUUAUUUUUAGUAUAGAACAUAGCAUUCCUUGUUCAGCUUUGCCUAUUGAAUUGAGUAUUUAUCGAUUUGAUUCAGAAUUAACAGUUGAUGAUAUACCAUUUGAAUUGAAAGUUAAUGCAUAUAGUGGAACGGUUAGUGCACCUCCAAGUAUUGCAUGCUUACAUUUAUUCCAUGAACUGUCUCUGAUGUUAUUUGCUUAUAAUCAAAUGUCCGGUGUAAAUAUUCCAUGUCGUGACUGUCCAGAUUUAUUGAAAUUAUUAAUACAGAUAGUGAUACGGAGUAGUAGACAACUACAAUUAUUAAGUGCAAAGUUUUAUUCACCUGAUAUACGUACAUAUCUAGAAACAGGUAAUCGUAGUGAUUAUCUAGCUGAUAAGAUUAUAUCAUGUAAUAAAAUUUCUACUGAAUGUCCAACUAUUCUUCAAACAAAUGAAGAAUUCAUAAACCCGGUUUCUCCGGAUGAUAAUACAAUAGCAUGUACAGAUGAUCUUCAGAAGAGUAUAACUUAUAAAUCUUGGCCAAUUGAUUGUGUUUGUUUAACUCAAGUAUUAAGUUGUGCUGUGAAAUGUCUAUUGGGUGGUUCAUUAACACGUGAAAUUACUACUGUCUAUCAAUCACCAAUGGAGAAAUACUUAUUCUUGGAAUUACUAGAAUCAUCUGAUUUUGCAAAACUUUUUGAUUGUAUCAAAAAGAAAUCCGUCGAUAAUUAUGUUAAUUUUUUACCUGAAUGGAUUAAUACUUUAAAGAAUUUAUACACUUCUGAUAUAUUUGAUCAUCCAUAUCUACAACAACCAAUACAGCAGAAUAGUUUGAAUAAACCUAAUUGGUGGAAUCCAGCCACGAUUGAUGAUCAACAAAGAUCACUAGAUUGGGAAUGUGUAAAGGUCAUUUUUUUGAUCUCUUAUCCUAGUCCCUUCCCAGAAUACGACAGUAUUAAAACACUUUCUGUAUCAACUGAGAUGUUGAAAUUUUUAUGUGAUGCAUCAAAACUCAUAUCAUCUAGUGAAUCUAAGAAAAUUUUACCAAAAAGUGAAAUAGACAUGAUAAUUCAAUCAAAGGUGAAAGAUACUCAACAUUUGCCAUCUGUUCCUAAAGGAUUAAGUUUUCUGACCAAAUCUAUGUAUUAUUUAAUCGCUGAUCACUAUAUGAAAAAUAAUCAUUUUGAUCGUGCUGUGGAGUAUUACUUACAAGAUUUAUGUGUUUCUCCACAACGUGUAGAUACAUGGGCUUCAUUGGGUUUGAUUUAUUCAAGUGAAUUGGAACAAGUUUUAAAUUUGACUAAUCUAAAAACUGAACGAGUUUCUGCUGAAGCUGUUACACGUUGUUUACGUUGUUUUAAUGUUGCAUUACAUUUACAACCUGAUACUGUCACAUUAUUAAUUGAACGUGGUUGCUUAGCCUAUCAAUUGCAUUCAUAUGGUGCUAGAAUUGUGAAAAAAUCAGAAUAUAGGAAUUUUCCAGAUGCUCACUUGAAUCUCUGUCGUAAAUGGCGUUACCGAAUGUUACAAUUAGCCCGUUCAUCUUAUGAAAGUGUACUAAAUUUAUGCAAUAUUAUGAAACAUCAACAAACCACUACAACGACUAUUACACAAGAAAUAACAACAAAUGAUACAAUGAAUAAAAAUGAACAUUUAAAUACUAGAUUAGAAAAUCACUUGUCUGACAAUAGUAAUAAUACAAACAAAUUAGUUCAACAGAGUAAAGAAGAAGAAGAAGCAUGGUUAUGUCAUUAUAUGUUAGCGAAAUGCGCUGAGAAAGAUGUACAACUUAUGCAACAAUCUGGUGAUACACAUUCAUCAGUUUCAUCCAAGUCAUCCUCAUCUUCACGAUCUUGUUUAAUGCAUGUUCUACGUUUAUAUCAUGAAUCACUGAAGGCGUUAGAUUUAGCUGGUGCAAAAUAUCCGAAAAAAAUUAUCGUUUAUAAUAAAAUACCUUUUAGAGCUGUCGAAGCAAUUGAAGUUUAUUACAGAAUUCAUGCAUUAUCUCUUAAAACAUUAUUAAAGCAUGGACCACCUACUACUACUAAUGUUACUAAUCAAUCUUCACAAUCGACUUAUUCUAUUUAUCCAAUUAAUUUAAUAGAAUUAGACCAAUUUCUGACUAUGAUUGAUUCAUCUGAUUUUGUUACAAGUGCAAAAAAGCCAUGUCGUAGAACUCGUAAACGAACAGCCAAUAUGGCAGGAUUAUCUAAUAAACACAAUCAACUUCAAAAAUCAACUAAUCAACUUGGAUCUUGUGACAAUCACAACAAACAAAUGGGAACAAAUGAAACUAAUAUCAAAGAAUCUAGUGCAGAUAAAUUGGUUCAACCAUUAGAUAUUAAACUUAACCCAAAUACUAUUCCAUCACAAGAUGAAUUUAUUGAUCUCAUUUCACCUGAUCCACAUAUAGUAGUUGAUGAAGAGGAAUCUACAAAUUUACUGGAACCAUCAUCAUCACGUUCAUCGGUUAACGAAUGUGUCAAUAAGCUAGGUUUAUGGAAAAAGUGUAUUGAUCGUUGCCGUUGUGCUUUAGAAUUGGUACUUCAAAGAUUACCACUUCAUUAUAAAGCAAUGUAUCGACUAGCCUCUCUAUAUUUGCAUGCUCCCCAUUUAAAAGAUCCUUGUAAAGCAUUGGAUAUAUUAUUAGGACCAACAGAUGAAUCUCAAAAACAUUUGGCAUCUACUCAUACUAACACUUUGAACGACAACAAUAAUGUUAACACUACAAAUGCAUCUACUCAUUUGAAUAUUGGAGGUUUAUUCAAAGAUAGGAAGCAGAAUAACUUUUUCUAUGGUGUUUGGCGUAUUCCAACGGCUGAUAUUGAUCGAAGUGGUAAUUUUGCAGCUCAUAUGUACCGUUCAGUUUGUUUAACCCUAUCUCUACUUCAUGAUCAUGGUGAUUGGAGGCGUUUAGUGCAAAUAUUUCAUCAAUUAAGGAAACAACCUCCGGAAGAGAAGAGAGGAUUUCUUGGUGAAGGUGAUCGUGUUUAUUUAGCUAGACGUGCAUUCAACCUGAUACAACCUACUUUGUUAAAUUGGCUAACCCAAUUAUCAUUAUCAUUAGCUAAUAAAAUUAGUGAACAAAUUUCAAAAGAUCAUACGUUUGUAUUUAGUUCUGAUAUUUCGUGUAUAACUUCACAAGGUUUUUUAACUAAUGAAAUUUUAACACAAAUCUAUCGACUUCAUUGUGUUUCAUAUUCACGUAAUUCUUCAUCUUCCUCGUGUUCUUCUUCUACUACUACUAAUACUACUUCUGGUGUAUUAGAUUCCACGUUGAAUAGUCUAAAUUCAAGUCUUUAUUCUCCUACUACUAAUAAUAAUGUAAGUAGUACGACCGCUAAUACAACGACUAAUUCUGGUACAUCUACUCUUCUUGAUGUAAAUACUACAUUGGCAGCUGAAAUAUCUGGUUAUGCAUCAGUUCUACAGUUAGCCUAUCGACUGUGUCCAACAGUUUGGGAUUCUCGUGGACCGUUAGUUCCACUUGACUGGAUUCUACAGAGAUGCAGUGAGUUAGCUUCAUCAAGAUCCCAAAUUGGUUUGGCUGAUAGUUCCAGUAAAUAAAUGAAUGAAACUUGAUCGAUAUAGAAUUUUAGACAUCUUUAAAUUACAUUAUGAUAAUAUUUUUAUUGAGAUUCAUGUAUUAUUGACAGAUCUUGUAUUAAUUUGACUCUCUAUGAUGUUAUCUCUUGUAUAUAGAUGUUUGAAGUUUAAAAAAAUACACAUUCCG